AUGGCGAAUGUCACGUUCCUGUUGUACUCCGUGAACGCCAGCGCCAACUCCUCGGACGCCGAGUGCGGCGAGGAGGAACACCCGUACAAGUGCAAGUUCAACGAGGACUUCAAAUACAUCCUGUUGCCCGUGUCCUAUAGCAUCGUCUUCGUGGUGGGCCUCACCCUCAACCUGCUGGCCCUCUACAUCUUCGUCUUCCGCAUCAAGACUUGGAACACCUCCACCACCUACAUGUUCAACUUGGCGGUGUCCGACUUGCUGUACGUGGUCUCCUUGCCCUUGCUGGUCUACUACUACGCCAUGGAGGACGACUGGCCGUUCAGCGUAGGCUUGUGCAAGAUUGUCCGCUUCCUCUUCUACACCAACCUGUACUGCAGCAUCCUCUUCUUACUUUGCAUCAGCGCCCACCGUUUCAUGGGCGUCUGCUUCCCUCUGAGGUCCCUGGAGUGGGGCCAGGUCCGCUACGCCCGUUGGGUUUCCGCCAUCGUCUGGCUGGUGGUGAUAGGCUGCCAGUCUCCGGUCCUCUUCUUUGUCACCACCAGCCAGAGGUGCAACAGCAUCACCUGCCACGACACGUCCGCCAAGGAACUCUUUGACCAGUUCUUCAUCUACAGUUCGGUUAUGCUGGUCCUUCUCUUCUGCAUCCCUUUCCUCCUUCUCAUCAUCUGCUACUGCAUGAUGGCCCGGAAACUUCUCCAGCCCACGCGGGGCAUCAGCCGGAUGUCCAGUUCCAAGAAGAAGUCAGUCAAGAUGAUCAUCAUUGUCAUGGUGGUCUUUAUCAUUUGUUUCCUGCCCUUCCACGUCACCCGUACGUUGUAUUACUCCUUCCGCAGCUGGGACCUCAGUUGUCCCACGCUCAAUGCCAUCAACCUGGCCUACAAGCUCACCCGCCCUUUGGCCAGCACCAACAGUUGUCUGGACCCCAUCCUGUACUUUUUGGCCGGGCAGAAGUUUGUCAAAUUUGCUUGCCCCCAGAACACGGCGAAAAACGGUAGCCAGUCGGCGACGAGCACCAUCCCCCAUUGCCACUUUCGGGGCAGAGACAACGUAGCCAUGAAAGUCAAAAACACGGUAUCGUAGCCAGUCCUCGUUCCUAACGUUUUCUGCAAAUAUUUUCUGAUGGGAAGAUGCCGAUGACGGAGGAAAGAGCUGCUAAAAUUCUGCAAAGGUGUCUUCCACCAAAGUUGGUACAAAUGGUACAACAGGACGUGUGGGGAAAAAAAUCACUAUUUAAAUAACUUUUUUUGAGAGAGAGAGAGACAGGGAGAGAGAGACAGGAGCAGAAUGCUCUUGAGCACUUAUCUAAAUUUCCAAGGUGAAUCUUGUAUCACGGAAGAUUAGUUGUGGCUAUAACUAGAAGAGAUUAUGUCUUGGGGAAAAAAAUUAAUGUAAAUCAGACAUCGGCUGGGUUCACACAACACAGAAACAGGGUCAAAAUGUGACCAAGGUGGGCCAGUAACAGCUGACGCCGAGGUCUUAUCACUUGUUUGUUCCUAAAUAUUGUAAUAUUCACUGUGUUUGCAAUUAUGGACAAUUUCCCUUUAUUAAUGUCCCUCUGAGACUCUUUGGAAGAAUAAAAAUAACAGUUUGUACUGAUACAUAUAACUUGCUAAAUUUGGUUAGCAUUAACCUUGAUUGAGUUUUUGGUGGCUAAAGGUGUCGUCUUCAAUUAACCAGAUUACUACACCAGGUUAAUCUAGGGGUG